UUGAGAGGAUCGUGAGAGAUUGGAAGAGUAGCGGUCGAGAUGUCGUCGAAAACGUUGCAUAACGAGCACAUCAAGCGUCCGAUGAACGCGUUUAUGGUGUGGUCACGAGGGCAGCGACGGAAAAUGGCCCAGGAAAAUCCCAAGAUGCAUAAUUCCGAGAUUUCGAAGAGGCUUGGCGCCGAAUGGAAACUGCUCAGCGAGAGCGAGAAGCGGCCUUUCAUCGACGAGGCUAAAAGGUUAAGAGCCCUCCACAUGAAGGAGCAUCCAGAUUACAAGUACAGGCCCCGCAGGAAGCCGAAAUCCUUGGUGAAGAAGGAGAACAAAUUCGGCUUCUCGAUAUCACCGUUGAUGUCCUCGGGUGAAUCCCUGGGCAACAUAUCGAGAAGCCUCCUGCCACCUUUGGCGCCCCCGUCGCACCACACGUUGAUGAGCCACGAGGAUCUCAAGAUUCCCCGUUUCUUCCCGCCAUUUCCGUAUCCUCUCUACCCCAUUCAACACAAAUUGGGAGAAGAAUUCAACGGCGGGAAACUGGCCGCUGAUCUCGCCCUCCAAGCUCUCUACGGAGGUGGCACCUUCUACUCCAGCCACCAGGCCAUGUCCUGGCCCGGUUUAUCGACGGCGACCUGUCUCCAGCCCAACUGCGGAUGCCCGAGUCCGCCCAAAGAGCCGAAGAGGCCUUACCUGCCCGCCAAAUUGGACGAAAGGCCGUUCCCAAGCCCUGGCAAACCGGAAGACGAUGCUUUUCCCUCGGAUUCGAGCAGGGAAGAGGCGCGAUACAGAAAAUUGGAAGAGGACGGUUUCUCGUCGUCGGUGGACAGGCAUCAGGAGGACAGAUCGCAGGAUCGAUUCUCCUCGUCCUCUUCCUCCUCCCUCGCCGAUCAAAACGAGAAGAUAGGUAACACCGCGCCUACGACUACCGCGUCGACGACCACGACGACCACGACGACGAAGGUGGAGAGCGCGUUCUCGGUCCAAAAUUUAACGUCGUCCAGCACGAACUUGGGCAGCCAGCAUCGUGGCCACGUCAUAUGAAGACCGCUUCCGGUUCUCCCGGACUUAAACUUCCGGGGGAACCUGGUACCACCUGGAUGGCCCAGCACCGACUGGUGGAGGGUGCCGCCGAUGCUCUCGCCCAUCCCCCAGGCGACCGUCACCAACUUGAACGCGCCGGCCAAAGAGGACGAGGUCCAGUUCCAGCAGGAAGAACAGCAGAGGAAUUCCUUGUCCUUGGCCAGAUCGAGGAGCAUCCAUAUCGGGAAUGUACAGUG